ACUGUUCAGUCCGAGUGGAAGCUGGAAAGUUUCAGUCUCUUGUCCAUCCCGACCGUGAGCGAGCAAGUGCAACCUUACUCUCCGCUAGUUAAUUUGUUGGCGAAUUACAAAGUUAUUCGACUUUGCCACUGAUUCAAAGUCUAAUAGUUACUUGAACUGAUUUCAACCAAAACUAAGAGAAAAGUUAUGAAUAUGCGUGAGAUACUCGCAUUAGCGGUGACUCUAGCGUUAUGGUGUGAAGUGAAGAGUCAGAGCUGCAGUCAGACUAACCUCGCUCUUCAAAAUAAUCAAGUCUACACCUUCACGUCGACUAAUUUUCCAAGCCCGUAUCCAAGCACAUCCCAAACUUGUGUUUUCCAAGGCGUUGCUCCUGUUGGGCAAAAGGUUUACGUAUAUUGCGACACAUUCAGCAUCCUGUAUGAUGCAAACUGUAACUAUGCCAGAUUCUUCUACUCACCUUCUGGUGACAUCAAUUUCGCCGACGCCUUUAUUUACUGUGGCUACUAUCCGUCGCUCACUUUCACGACGAGCAGUAAUAAAGUUGCGCUCAAGUUCAUGAACGCAUGGUCGAAUUUUUACGGCCAACCAGGAUUUCGAUGCUACAUUGGCACUUGGCCUGAUACCACGACUACAACCACUACGACAAGUACAACAACGAAGCCCACCACGACUACCACCACUACAACAAGUACAACGACGAAGCCCACUACCACCACUACAAAAGCUCCUUCAUCUACCACCACCACCACUAAGGCUCCAACAACUGUACCAAGCACUUGUGACUGUGGACGUAAGAAUAUAGCUGCGAGAGUGGUAGGUGGUCAAGUUGCUACUAAGAACGAGUACCCGUGGAUGGUCGGAAUUCUCGAAGUUGGAGAUGCAGAACCUUUCUGUGGGGGAUCUUUGAUCUCUAACCAGUGGGUGUUGACUGCCACGCACUGCUUGCUGAGUUUUACAGCAGCAAAUCUCGAAGUGGCUCUUGGAGCGGAUCAGCUUGGGCUAAACGCUCAGUCUGGCAUACGAGUAAAAGUUUCUCAGAUUAUUACUCAUGCCAAUUAUGAUACCAAUAACGUCAACAACGAUAUCGGCUUGAUCAAGUUGGUUACUCCAGUGACGUACACCACCACCAUCUCCCCUGUGUGUCUGCCUUUCAAAUUUCCCAACUCUGACUUCGAAGGAACUUUAGGAACGGUAACAGGUUGGGGUACGACCAGUUACCAAGGCACCACAUCGGUGGCUCUCUUGGAAGUUGACAUACCCAUCCUCAGCACGCAGAGUUGCUCCAGUUACUACACGUAUCCUACGGUCCUGACGGACAACAUGUUCUGCACGCUGCAGGCGGGCAAGGAUGCGUGCCAAGGGGACUCAGGUGGCCCCCUGACAGUUCCAUCUGGAGGGCGUCUGUACCAGCUGGGGGUCGUGUCAUGGGGAACUGAGUGCGCCACGGCCACCAAGCCUGGAGUUUACACUAAGAUCACCAAGUACCUCCAAUGGAUCGAAACCAACACUGGGGCUACCUUCUGCAAAGUGUAGACGGUAUUUUCUUUGAUGCCUAACAUCGGUUCAGAUAUCACUUUGAAAACAUAGAAAACAAAACAUAUACCAACAAUAACGCCGAGUUAAGAAGUUCGAUGUAGGAAGUGAACAUACACUUUAUCAAUAACUUUGUUCAUUACGUAAAGCCUCAUGCAGCCCCAACCUUUAAUCGAUACAUCAUGAUUUGCAACAGGUAUAAUGUCGAAAUUUAUGUAUACCGAAGUAAUAGUUUAUCCUAAAUAUCAAUAUAGAUUUUCAUCAAUUAUGACAUAAUCGUUUUUAUAUUAAAUUACAGUCGUUGUAUGAUCAGAUACCAAGCAAUGGUUCCAAAAGUUUGGAGAUUUGUAACUAUUCAAUAUUUGUGAUUUGUGACUAUUUGUGACUAUUCAAUAUCUAAGAACUUUUUUCCGAAAAUAUUCCUGUUCAAACGUUUUGAAUGCCGCAGCAUUUUUCCUAUCAUUUUUUCGUUUUCAUAAUUGGUAAAGGAAUUAUUUUUCAUCAACCUUGACUAUCGAUUCUUUCUGGAAAACAUGAACUUAGAAAUGUGCUUCCCGAACUGAGCAGUGAGGCAUGUAAUCGUGAACAUAUUCACUUUGGUGCGAAAUACAAAGAUUGACAACCGAAAAUAACAGUUUAUCCAAUAUUUUGAAUCAUUGUAUUAUGUUUUAAGAAUCGUUUGGACUCUUGAAACGGCAAUCGAUUUUGCGGUAAUAAUUAUUUUUUGGCAUUUAGAAAAAAUGUUGAAAAUAAAUAUUGUCAUUUGCAGAGCUGCGAACGACUGUUUCAAAUCGCUUUUACUUUCAUUUUAUUCGUAGUUUAUUUAUUGUUCGGAUUACGAACUGCUGGUGUAAUUUGAAUAAAAUUAAGUAAUUUGAAACGUAGUAACAACACUUCAUAAUUAUCUAAUUAUUACGCAUGAGAGAAUCCCAAUAUAAUUGUGUCAAUCUUUGUAUCGAAAAACGUACACACAGACAUCGAAUCUAUGUAAUCUACGUUGACUACGAAGAAAAGAAACAUAAUAUUUAAUGCUGCACAAUUUCUAUGAUUUUUGUAGUAAAAUCAGAAUUCUUCUAUUUCAUACUAGUUUCAGUAUUAUCCGGCAUUAAAAUACGGAAACAAUUUAAUUUAUGCUUGUAAUGACCGUUGUUUAGAAAUAAAUAUAAUCUGGUUUGGUGUUCUCGAAUAGUUAUAUUAUUCGUUACCAUGUUUUUAUUUUCAUUUAACACGCUAAAAAUAUAUAUACUGAAUAAAUUUCCUGCCUGAAUGAGGAAUUUUUUUUUUCUGAUUGAAACGGAAAAAACUUCCUACUCCCGCAUAUGAGCAAGGCCUAAAAAACUCCAAUGAUAAUAAUAUGUGUUAAAAAUUACUUUUUAAAGACAACACCGCAUGA